CGAGAUUUGUUAGAUGUUGGGGUAUGCUGAUUGUAGGACCCUGGAAGGAGUGGUUAUUCGGAAUACAAGAGCUGCGACGAUCUCCUGAGACCAUCCACCAUCAACUUGUUUUGUUAUCGACAUUUGACAGGCUUACGACUCACUGAGCUUAUCAACACCUUCGUAAUGAACACUGACAUCCCGAUCCCUGGAACCGUCCAGCUCAUCGACACGGCUGGCAUCCUACAUGUCGAGCAUGGCGCAGGACACAAGGAGAUUGUCUUGGUCCCUCAACCUACGGAUGACCCGAACGACCCUCUUCGCUGGGGAAAGUCCAGAAAGAUGACGAGUUUGGUCACUGCCCUUGCGUGGUGCUUCUUCAUCGGUGCCAUGAUCUCUGGGCUAUCACCUGCAUACAUCCUCAUUGAGGAAGAUACUGGCAUUUCGGUCGCUGAUCUGAGCACUGGCAAUGGUCUGAUGUAUCUCAUGAUGGGCUGGGGAACUCUUCUGACACAACGAUUUGCUCUUACUUAUGGUCGUCGAUUGACUCUCGUCGGAUGUGCUGUCUUGGUCACUGCCAUGACCAUCUGGACUGCCUUUGUCAAGACAAGGGGAGAAUUCUUUGCCAAUCGCUUCUUACUUGGAACAUUCACCUCGCCACAAGAGACACUCAUCGAGAUUGUUGUUGGAGAUCUAUACUUUACGCAUGACAGAGGCUUCUAUCUCGGCCUCUAUGCUUGGUCUCUAUUCGCCGGCGCCUUCUUGUGUCCUGUGGCAUCAGGUUACGUCGCUCAAGAACUUGGUUGGCAGUGGAUUCAGUACAUCCUGACCAUUGUUGGUGCUACUCUUGCUAUCGGAAGUUACUUCUUCUUCGAAGAAACCAUGUUCCAGCGCGAUCACGAAAAGUUCCUCGUCCACGCUCAGCAGACCGGUAUUGCUACAUCGACAGCUGCGGACAUGACAAAAACACCAGAAAUGAUGGCCUCCAGUGACUCAGAAAAGAACUACAUCACUCAAGAAAGAUCAGCCUCGCCCGUCACCGAGUACUCGCCUCCAAUGUCGACCAGCCCUACCAGAACCUACACCGAGAAACUCAAACUCUGGGGCUACCACAACCCGAGCCAGAAGAUCUCCUUCCAAAUGAUCAUCAUGCCAUUCCAACUGCUCCUCAAGUUUCCCGGCAUGUUCUUCAGCGGCCUCCUCGUCGGAGGCAUCCUCUCCUGGUACAACGUCGUCGGCGGCUCUCAAGCGCUCAUCUUCGGUAACGCACCCUACAACUUCAGCGCCAACACAAUCGGUCUCACCUAUCUCGCCUCUCUCAUCGGCGUCUCCAUUGGUUGUGUAAUCUCCGGCCACUUUUCAGAUAAACUCGCCGUCUUCUUGUCUCGUCGCAAUCAUGGUAUUAUGGAGCCUGAACAACGACUUUGGAUUUGUCUCGUUGCGCUUGUGCUUCAUCCUGCUGGAUGUUUGCUUUAUGGCGUUGGGGCUUCGUACCAUAUCCAUUGGUUCGGUGUUGUUUUUGGAUUGGGCUUGAUUUGUGUUACCUUGCCCAUGGGAUCUACGUUGGCGUACACGUAUAUCAUGGAUAGUUAUCGUGAAAUGCAAGGUGAUGGUAUGGUUGCAGCUAUUCUGGUCCGAAACACAAUGGGUUUUGCUUUUGGUUACGCUGUUGUGCCUAUGAUCAACAAUCUUGGUGUUCGUUAUACCUUUGUUGUCAUUGCGUGUUUGGGAGAGAUUGUGUGGAGUGUGGGUGUUGUGAUGAUUUAUGUUGGCAAGCCACUGAGGCUAAAGACUGCGCAGAGCUAUUGGGAUCUUGUCGAAAAGACUGGUGCUCAUGCUCAUUGA